AUGUGGCGCUGGGCGCACGGUUUAGCGGCGGCCUUGGCAGCGCCGCGUCCUCCACGCCGCCCGCCUCAGCGCCUGGCCCCGCCCCUCGCGGUGCCGCGCCCAAUCAGAAGCGCUCUCUGCUGCCUUCCGCCCACUCCGCUCGCCCAUUGGCGGAGGCUGCUCCUCCGGCGCUGCCUCCAUGGCGACGCGGCGGACGGGCACUCCAAGAUGGCCGCCGAGCCGGGCGGCGGGCGCAACCUGCCCACCCAUUGCUGCCGCCCACCGCUUGCCGCCUUCACCGCCGGGCUCCUGCUGCUCCUGACGCUGCCUCCCUCCGCCUCCUCCUCCUGUGACCACCGCGUACCCAGCGGCGACCAGGUCGUCUAUCAAGUUCCUCUAAAGGAAAAUCACGUCUCGAAGAGAAACGUGGAUCAACAGCUAAGAAUUAAGAUUGUCUAUGACAGAAGCGUUGAGGAUUUGCUGCCUGAGAAAAGACACCUUAUAAAGAACAAACUCUUCCCACAAGCUAUAUCUUAUUUGGAGAAGACAUUUCAAGUGCGCAAAUCUGCCGGUGCUAUAUUGCUAAGCAGGCAAUGUGUGACAAACCAAUAUUUAAGGAGGAAAGCUGAUCCCCACAGAUAUUGCCAAAAAGCCUGUGCAGACCAUACAAGGUGUGGGCCAGUUAUAGUUCCUGAGAAACACCUCCAGCAAUGCAGGGUGUACAAUGACAGUGACUGGCACCGAAGGCCCAUGGGCUCACCCGAACAGGAAGGGGUUCGAGAUGCUGACUUUGUGCUCUACGUUAGUGCUCUCACUACUGACAGGUGUGGCCAUGAAAAUAUCAUUGCAUAUGCAGCCUACUGCCAACUGGAAGCUGAAAUGGACAGGCCAAUAGCAGGAUAUGCUAACUUGUGUCCAAACAUGAUUUCAACGCAAGCUCAGGAAUUUGUUGGCAUGUUGUCUACAGUGAAGCAUGAGAUAAUCCAUGCAUUGGGUUUCUCUGCUGGAUUGUUUGCAUUUUAUCGUGAUGAUGAUGGAAAACCUUUGACACCAAGAUAUGCAGAUGGACUUCCUCCUUUUAAUGAGAGCCUAGGUUUGUAUCAGUGGAGCAAUAAAGUUGUUCAUAAAGCAGUGAGGCUGUGGGACAUACGUGGUGGCAAAAUGCUGCGCCAUGCUGUUCAUCUUAUGGUGACACCACGGGUAGUCGAAGAAGCCCGAAAACAUUUUAAUUGUCCAAUUCUAGAGGGAAUGGAGCUUGAAAAUCAAGGUGGCGUGGGUACUGAGCUCAAUCACUGGGAGAAGAGAUUGUUGGAGAAUGAAGCAAUGACUGGAUCCCACACUCAGAACCGAGUCUUUUCCAGGAUCACCUUAGCAUUAAUGGAAGACACAGGAUGGUAUAAAGCCAAUUACAGCAUGGCAGAGAAGUUAGACUGGGGACGCAAUAAAGGCUGUGACUUUGUAAUGAAGAGCUGCAAAUUCUGGAUUGAUCAGAAGAGACAAAAGAAGCAAUUAAUCAGUCCAUACUGCGACACUUUGAGGAGUAAUCCUUUGCAGUUAACCUGCAGACAGGACCAAAGAGCAGUAGCAGUGUGCAACUUGCAGAAGUUUCCAAAGCAGUUACCUCAGGAAUAUCAGUACUUUGACAAUCUUAAUGGGGUACCAGCAGAAGAAUUGCCUUACUAUGGUGGCUCAGUAGAAAUUGCUGAUUACUGUCCCUUUAGUCAGGAAUUCAGCUGGCAUUUAAGUGGUGAAUUUCAACGCAGUUCAGACUGUAGAAUAAUUGAAAACCAGCCAGAUCCUACCAAAAACUAUGGUGCAGAGAAAUAUGGACCAAACUCUGUAUGUCUUAUUCAGAAAUCUGCUUUUGUUAUGGAACAGUGCAGGAGGAAACUCAGUUACCCUGACUGGGGUAGUGGAUGUUAUCAAGUUUCUUGUUCUCCACAAGGGCUGCAUGUGUGGGUCAAGGACACUGUGUACUUGUGCAGCCGCUCGGGCCAGGUGUUGACUGUGAGCAUUCAGAUGAAUGGCUGGAUACACGUUGGCAACCUGAUUUGCCCAGCCUGUUCGAAUUUCUGUGACUCCUGUCCCCCAGAGAGGGAUCCUCCAGCUUCCAACUUAACAAGAGCUGCACCCAUUGACUUAUGCUCCUGCUCAUCUAGCCUGGUUGUAACCCUUUGGCUGCUGGUGGCCAACUUAGUUCGCCUGCUAACAGGAUUGUUUCUCUGCGCAUAGACUUGAGCUUGGGGCAAGAAGUUUUGAGAUAAUACCCAUCCUGCUGCGCUCCUUGCUGUGGAGCACAGGGGCUCUGUCUCAGCAGGCAGCUCUCUCCUGCUGAACCUCAUCUCCCCUGGCAAGUAUUGCUGCACACAGUAGUCAGGGAGGUGCUGACAAAAACAGGCAGAGUUUUGAGAGGAGGAAAAUUUACCUUGUCAUCUCAAUAAGUGCCAGUAUUUUCCUGAAUUGCAACCUGAAUUGCAAUGGUUUUUUUGACGCAGUAACAAGAUCCACUUUGCCAACUGUGUUAAACUACCUGGAAGCUCAGUCAAGAUUUGAAAUGAGAACUUUUCUGUAAUAGAACUGAGGGCUGUUUUUUUGGUUUUUUUUUUGUUAUGUCUAUUGUGUGAUUAGUAGCAAAGCAUCCUCAAACUGGAAAUAUACCUCAGUGGUUUAUUCAAAAGCCAUGUAAAAAUCAGUUGUCAUCACUGCUGAUAACCAAGGCCUAAAGAGGUUGGUAAUUUGUUUGCUUUGUUAAUUCUUACUAUUUAUGGGGGAGGAAAGAAUGUAAGUGAAUAAACCAGUGGUAGGCAGAUGCCUCCACAACUGUAUUCUGCAGCUUUGAGCCCCCUCAGAAUUCAUACUAGGUAAAGCAGCUAAUUCUUGGGGUUCAUUGCAUCUUCCUACAUGCACAAAAUGGAAUUUCAGACUGGUAACCAGGACAACUGUCUAGAAAUCCCAAUUUCAUUUAGCGUGUGCCUGUUCUACUGUGAAAUUUAAUAUCUCACAUUUAAAUAUCCUCUAGAGUUUGCUAGGCAAAUGCAUUUCAGUACUGAUACUCAGACUGUAAAUUUGGGAUAGGAUUUAUGAUGAUUUCUUAUUUCAUUGGUUUGUUUCUGAAAUAAUGACAUUAUUGUUUUAAAACUAGUAUGAACAUUACUACAGAUGUUCUCGCUUCUUGUUGAAAAGCAAACCAGUAGCAAUGGCAGCUAUAAUCUUACAGGAUCAUACUGAUGUCUCUAGACCAAAAACUAUAUUGAAUGUGUAAGGGAAGCCUAAUCUGUUGGUUUUUUUACUUCUCUACUCUUUUUGGACAUGUAAGUACUAUGGAUUAUUUGAGUAUUUGUAGUAAGAUGAGAAUCGGAUGGUUUGAGCCACAUGAGGGCACCCCUUGCUACAAAAUUAAUCACUUGAUGACAAAAUAGGUAAGAGGAAGGAAAUGAGUAAAAUCAGUCAAGGUAAGGACAGCUGCUGUAUAGGACCCUUGUAAGGAUGUUUCUAUUUAUUUCUAUAAUGUGUAACAAAUAAUCCUGUUCAGAGGUAAAGAAACUCUUUGUGGUUCAAUCCACUGUCUGUCCUUUUAGGACAAUUUUCACUCCUGGAAAAGUGUUAAAUUUAAGGGAGCAGGCAUGUCCAUUGCACUAAAAAAUGCAGAUACAGGGAGAAAGAUUAUACUCUGCUUCUUAAAUGUUCUGUGCUAUUAUAAUUGUCAGUGACUGGAUCCCUUUUGUAAAUGAAGGUAGGGAGAUGGAGUAAAUCUUUAACUGCAAUUAUACUAUUAUAAUAGGACUUCCAUCAUGAUUGUAAGAAAUUCUUUGUGCCUACUGGACUUGAUUUUCUUUUUUGUGGUUGUGGUUUUUUUUUUUUUGGUUUUUUUUUUAUUAUUAUUACAGGAAACUGUUAUGACACUGCUGAGGCAAAUAAGGUGCUACUUUAAGCUGUCUAAAGACAUCAUAGUUGAGAGCACCUUGCACUGGGCUAGUUCUCCUUCUUAACUGCAGAUUAAGCUUGCUAUGAAUUACACAAGGCCUAGACUAGCCUUAAAUCAGUGUCUCAGAGAAGCAAUACAAGGCAGGACUCAAAUGCUUUAAAAUUGUACAAACUGAAUUAUUAAACACUCAGAUUGAUAAGUGAACACUAUUUUAAUAUAUCCACAAAACAGUAAAUGUAAACUGAUACCUAGAAAACAUAAAGGUUUGAGAAUACAUCUUAGGUCCCAGAGGUUGAUAUUUGUAUUUUUGUCUGUUGUGCAAUAAUACAGUUGAAAUGGUAUCACUUAACAGCAAUGCUUUUGAUACUUGAAAAGAAAUUACUGGUUAUUUUUUCUUACUGUGAAAUGUUUGCACUGUCUGAACUUUCUAGUUAACUUUAUAACUGUUAAACUUUUUUAACUGGUGUUAAUUUAUUGUGCUCAGUAUUUGAUAUGCUGGUCUCCUGUCUAAGUGUGAGAUUUGUCAUAUUUAAUUGAAUAUUUUUAUCUUUUACACAGUUGUUUAUCUUGAGGGCUUUUCUUCUUUUAAUCUCUCUUCCUGAGAAUUAAUUGAAAGAUGGGUUAGAAAGAUGAUGCUUACCUACUUCUGAAUUGUAUGCAUGAAGUAAAGAAAGGGGAUAUAGUGCUUUGUGUUGAAAGGGAAAAAUCUGUCAGCCUGUUGGAGCUCUUGUGGUCAGGUUCACCAGUACCUGCUGAGCAGCUGCAUCAGUGAAUCCAGUGAAGUAAAACUGCUACUGCCUUCAUAAUCUGGGAUUUCAGUUGUAAUUUCUUUAUCAUACAGCCCUUCAGCUGCCUGUGAACUGCAGAACUGGACGUGACUUUGGGGGGUCAGGUGUGGAAGGUACUUUAGUCAGAAAAAUGCAACAUCUUCUAUCCCAGCAGUGGGUUAGCAGCUGCUAGCAGCUGUAGCCUGUGGGAACUGCCAGGAAAUGUGUCAACUUAAAGUGGCAAUGAACUGGUAGCUGUCAUACAGAAUAUUUGAGUAAAGCUGACUUCCUCAGUUCUGUUUGUCUUUGCAUUCAGCUUUUAGCAUGCUGUGAACUUCCAGAUCUUAACAUGAAUUAAGUAAAAUCAUGUCUCAGGUUUUUAAGAGUAAAAUUACUACAGUAGGAAGCAUAAGCCAUUUUUGACUAUAGAACAGUUAAAAUUGUAGCUGAAGCAGAUCAGCUAUGUACCCUUAGGUGUAGUUUCUGCUAUAAAAUUCAGAAUUCUUUUAAAUAAAUGCAAAGUUUGCUCUGUUAGGUGUCCUGACCACACGUGACCAGUCCUUCCUAUUGCAUCUCUUAAGUGUGAAAACUUAGAAAUACAGCCCAUUUAAGCCUUCAAAUUUCCACCAGAGAAGACUGGGCAUUAGGAGCCCUGGAAGUUGUGCUGAGAUGCAUGAGUUUGCUCAUCUGUAACAGAAAUGUUUUCAGUGUAUAGUCCACAGUUUUAACUUCAUAUUAUUUUAAAAAUAUUCCAUGUUUGCUUAGGGAAGUAAAUUAAUCUUGCAGUCUUUUUUGGUCCCAGUAGUUAAAAUCAUUUCAAUUAGAAGUUGAAGCAAGUUAAUAUUUUAGGAACACAUUUUUUCUAGUGUUGCAAUUAAGAGGAGGAAGGAUAGCUUUUGGAGAAUGCAGCAAGUAAAAUCACAUGGAAAAGCAGCAAUUCAUUCCUCCUGAAAUGAGUAGAGGUCUUGGGAUACAGUCACGGCCCUUGAUGUAGGUUAAUUACUGAAUUAUAUCCCCCAUUGACUGUCAGUCCAACGCAGCUCAUUCUUUUUGCUGAGCUCUAAUAAACUGGGGAGACUGAUGUCUGAGGGCAGACAUAUCCACACUCACGUAUGAGGCCAGCUGUUUUUAAAUCUUCCUGUCCUGCAGAUCUUUCUGCUGGUUGAUACUCAGUAGAGAGGGAGGUGUACAUCCUUCCCCAGAUUUCCAAGGGCUGACUUUCAGCCAGCUGAGCAGCUCAAGGUGUUUUUCCCUGCAAGACUGAACCCCUGUUUUUAGCCUGCCUGCUUGCAUGUAUGUACUGAGGAUCUGGGGCUGUUUGUGCAUUGAACGACAUGAUCUUACAGGCUUCCAAAGUGCAAAUGUUGCCUUUUUAAUGUGAAGCUUACCUUGAGAUAAAACAACUGUUUUGAGAGAACUGGCUGACCUUGAACAUGUGUUUCCUAUUUUGGUACAGAAUGUAAAUAUAGAACUAACUAUUUUACACAGAUUUUGGCUGGACUGACAUAUAAGGGCUAAUUUGUGUUAUUUAUGAAGUAAAUAUUUCCUUAUUUUACUGUUUAAAAAGCUAUGUCAUGCAGCAGAAGAAAAAACUGUUUUUCAGUAAAAUAUCUGUAGAAUAUUAAUUCUUGUCCUUUUCUUUGAGAGCUGAUGAUGAUUAACUGCAAGAGUAAGAGCAAUAAAGGACCACUAUUACAACAGUCAUUUAUUUCAUGAGAAUGUUGAAAAAUGAAAUUCCAUCAAGUCUGCAUAUUGAUCACUUUAUUAAAUUAUUUGAUACACUUUGAAUGUAAAAUAUUCUAUGUUAUUAUUAGCUCAUAUAUGACUUAUCAGAAAUUCAGCCUGAUGGUAAAGGAAGGAGGUUCCUGAAUUCUCUAUCCCAUCCUCAUGUCUUUGAUACUUCAAAACUGUGCAAUGUGUAAGUAUUUUUCCACUUCAAAUUGAAGAUCAUAAAUUCCCUGCUUUGUGUGAAGGAUUUGGUCACAUGAUUCCCAUUUCAGGGGCAGGAAUGUUGGUGUUGCUCUGCAGAGCCCCAAGCUGUUAGCUGUGACUGGACUCUGAGCAGGAGGAGCUGAGCUACCCUUGUUGCUGUUCAGGAGCAUCAGGGAUGCUGCAGCCACUGGUUUUGGUACCUGAGCUAGCUUUGCUAGCUGUGAGACUGAGAUUUUUACAAUAUAUUUGUAAUUACAAUACAUUAUUUUAUAUAUAUAUAUAUUACUCUGGUAAAUGGGAAAGACCUAUAAUUCCUCUAAAAUUAGUUGAAAUUAUUUUAUAAUUAGCUCAUUUUUUCCUCUAAGCAAUAUGAUAGCGAGUACACUGAUUUAAAAAAACUUGCCUUCUCUGCAAUUUCAGAAAAUCUGAUAAAGCACAGCAAAAGUAGGUUACUCUUCCUUCUUUUUUUUGCCUUCUCUCAAAAUAGGAAUAUUUCAAAAGGGGAUUAAAGCUUAUAAAAUGUGCCACUGUUCAUUUUGUAGUGUUUUUAACUCUGAAAAACAUCAGGUAUGUAAAGUUACCCAAGUACAACUAUAAGGUUUAAAAACUUCAAUGUUUCUAAAAUUCAUGAUACUGGUACCACAAUAAAAACCCCUGGUCUGUGAACCCAGUUUGUGUUUAAAAUUCAGAAGCAGAUGGGAGAUCUCUCUCCAGGAUGUGCUGCUUGAGCAGGAUCAGGACACGACUGCAGUCUGGAAAGCUGCAGGGAGCUGCACUGGUCAGAGCAGUGGAGUUUCCUGGAAUGCAGCCGGGUGUGAAAUGCCAGUUCACAGGAGUUCUGUGCGUCUGUAGUGGUCACUUCCAUACAGGUACAAAAAGUCAAGUAUAACAGAGAGUUUGUCACUGUUACUGGUUGUCCCCUCAAAAUAUCAGCAAGUGCGCAAGCUGAGCCCUGGGUACAUCUCCCUGUCAACCUCCACUUCUCACCUCUCAGCUGAUUCAAAUUAAUGAUGAAGACUUGCUGAGAAAAUCUGAUGCUAACAAAAUUGUCUUUGGUUAUUCCAGAUGUUUUUUCUGUGUUUAAAGGAAUACAGUAAAUUUAAUCAAGGUCAGAUUAUUACUGAAGAUUCCUAGUGUUCCAGAUUUGAAA